CUUUAACAAUGUUUAGAUUGGUAAACCGUUACUUAAGUCUUUCAAAGCGUAGUGGGUGGCCAUUACAGAUAGAUAGUAGUCGGUUAUCUCUUUUCUUUCUUCAGUUGAGGUUGGCCACCUUCUUAACUAAACUAAACUGCCUUGUGUUUAUUUAAUUAUAACAACAACAACCAUCGUCUUCUCUUUUAUUUCGUGUGUUUUGGUUCACUGAAUGCUCUCUCUCUCUUUCUUUCUUUCAGCAGAGCAAAAUGCUUUUCCUUUUAUACUGGCAUGUUUCAUGUUUAUGGUAGCUGACUUGUUGAAGCAGAAAACACCAAAAGAAGAUAUGGAAAAGACAGACGCCCGAGAAGAGAAGAUACUGGUUCUGGUUAGAUUGAGGCCCCCUAACCAGAAAGAGAUUGCCGCUAACGAACCUACGGAGGAUUGGGAAUGUCUCAAUGAUACCACCAUCUUGUACAGAAGAAACACCUUGCGCCAAUCCUCCAACUUUCCUUCUGCUUAUUCUUUUGAUAGAGUAUACGGAGGUGAAUGUCCCACCAGACAUGUUUACGAGAAUGGAACCAAGGACAUCGCUCUCUCUGUUGUCAAAGGAAUCAAUUGUAGUAUUUUUGCGUAUGGCCAGACGAGUAGCGGAAAGACUUACACCAUGUCUGCUAUUACUGAGUUUGCUGUCGCUGACAUUUUUGACUACAUUUUUCAGCAUGAAGAAAGAGCAUUUUCCGUUAAAUUUUCAGCUAUAGAGAUCUACAAUGAGGCCAUCCGAGAUUUGCUUAGCUCCGAUGGUACAUCCCUUAGGCUACGAGACGAUCCUGAGAAAGGGACAGUGGUUGAAAAAGCCACAGAGGAAACUCUGCGAGACUGGAACCAUCUCAAGGACCUUCUAUCUGUCUGUGAAGCACAACGUAAGAUUGGUGAAACCUCAUUAAAUGAGAGAAGUUCCAGAUCUCAUCAGAUUAUCAAACUGACGGUUGAAAGCUCUGCUCGUGAGUUCUUAGACAAAGAAAACUCCACCACCCUCAUGGCAAGUGUGAACUUCAUAGAUCUGGCGGGAAGCGAGCGUGCAUCACCGGCGAUGUCAGCUGGUGCGAGACUCAAGGAAGGCUGCCAUAUCAACCGAAGUUUGCUUACUCUUGGAACAGUGAUCCGUAAACUUAGUAAGGGAAGGCAAGGGCACAUCAACUUUAGAGACUCCAAGCUCACACGAAUUCUACAGCCAUGCUUGGGGGGUAAUUCAAGAACCGCCAUCAUCUGCACUCUGAGCCCAGCGAGGAGUCACGUCGAGCUAACGAGGAACACUCUCUUGUUUGCUUGCUGUGCAAAGGAAGUUACCACAAAGGCCCGGAUCAACGUCGUUAUGUCAGACAAGGCCCUGCUGAAGCAACUACAGCGUGAGCUUGCGAGGCUCGAGACCGAGCUGAGAACCCCUGCCACGCCUGCCUCUAAAUGUGAUUGUGCCAUGACGGUGAGGAAGAAGAAUCUUCAUAUACAAAAGAUGGAAAAGGAGAUGGCAGAGUUGAGAGAAGAGAGAGAUCUUGCUCAAUCCCGGCUUGAAGAUAUCAUGAGAAUGGUUGAACUCGAUGAGGCCUCAAAGUGUGGAACUCCGCAGCACAUAGACAAGUGGGAGGAUGGUUCAGUGUCACAGACAUCAGGCGUGAUCGAUUUAGAGAGGAACUUCAUAUCAGAUGGGAUGUCAAUAACAAGAGCUUCAUCUCACUCUGAGGAUGAUGAUGAUGAAGAGCUGCCUACGCGUUCAGAAGAUCCAUCAGAAGAAUAUUGCAGAGAAGUUCAAUGCAUUGAGAUUGAGGAAUCAGCUACAGUCAACCACAAAGACGAAAAAAGAGCAGAACCUAAGAACAUUUUAGGCCCUAGUGAGGACGCUAGUGUAGGCCAAAACGUGAGGUUGAGAAGCUGGAACCGCAGAGAGACCGCGCCAGGCACGAGCACUCCACCUGAAAACCUAGGGACAGGAAGACCAGAAGAAGAGAGUCACAAGAACAAGAAGAUUGUGUUUUCUGGUUUAGAGUUGGGUUCUAGUGUGUCAAGGAAUGAUUCGCUGUCUUCUUGCGGGAGCGAUUCCACUGAGACUCAGAGCAGCAGAACCCCCUUGGGAGAAGAGGGAGGUAUUACUAGCAUCCGGACUUUCGUUGAUGGUCUUAAGGAGAUGGCUAAGCGUCAAGGCCAGGUGUCGAUUACUGAUGACGAUUCUGGUAAAAUGGGGAGGGAUAUUGGUCUGGUCAUUAUGGACAUGGAAUUUGAGAGACAGCGGCGAGAGAUUGUUGAGCUAUGGCAAACCUGUAACGUCUCUUUGGCGCAUAGAACAUACUUCUACUUGCUCUUCAAAGGAGAUGAUGAGGCUGAUUCAAUCUACAUUGGGGUGGAGCUAAGAAGACUUUUGUUUAUGAAAGCUCGCUUCUCUCAGGGAAACCAAACUUUGGAAGGAGGAGAAACCUUAACACUGGCUUCAAGCCGGAAGGCGCUUCACGGGGAGAGAAUGAUGCUGAGCAAGCUCGUGGGGAAAAGGUUUUCAGGAGAAGAGAGGAGAAGAAUCUAUCACAAGUUUGGGAUUGCUGUCAACUCCAAACGCAGGCGUUUACAACUCGUGAACGAGCUGUGGAGCAAUCCCAAGGACAUGAGUCAGGUUGUGGAAAGCGCAGAUGUUGUAGCGAAGCUUGUGAGGUUCGCUGAGCAAGGGAGAGCCAUGAAGGAGAUGUUUGGUCUGGCCUUCACCCCUCCUUCCUUCUUGACAGCUCAGAGAUCGCGUAGCUGGAGAAAAAGCAUCCCUACGCUUUUCUAACCAUCUGUUCUUGUAACAGUGUGUAUAUGUAUCUUCUUUGCGUCUUUUCUUCGGAGCCAACGUUGUGUGUAAAACAUAUAUUUUUCAAUCAGUGUUUUUAUUUGUAUCUGUUGAGCAAAUUUACAGUCAAGCUUCUGUUUUGGAAAAACUAAUUACAUAAUAUGAAAAAUUUGUGUGUA